AUGGAACACGCGCGACCUCCCGUAGAAUUAGUGCUCGAAGGCGGCCCCGCUGCUCGAGCAGACUCAUGGCGCAAGUGGCGGAAACAAUUUGAGGUGUUUCUUAAAGCCUCCGGAGUGGCUAACGAGGAAAGUUCAGUGCAGGCUAGUUUACUGGUCAACCUCAUUGGGUCGGCGGGUUACGAAAUCUAUUCGACCUUCACGUACCUCAAGGACGAAACUGAAGACGAUAUUAAGUGUUUGUUGAAAAAGUUUGAUAAGUAUUUUGGGACAAAACCUAAUGUCACGUUAUCGCGGUUUAAGUUUUUUACACGAGGCCAAGAGGAAGGCGAAAAUAUAGAUCAAUAUGUUACUGCAUUAAAAUUGCUAAGUCAAUCUUGUGAGUUUGGUAAUCUAAAUGAAAGCUUAAUACGGGACAGAAUUGUCUGCGGUAUCAUAAGUAACAUUGUACGUGAUCGGCUACUUCGUACGGAUGAUUUAACAUUAGAAAAGGCGGUCCAGAUAUGUCAAGUGGCAGAAAUAUCGAAGGAGGAAAGUUCAUGCAUCGAGAAUAGUCCUGGCGGUAGUGAAAUGCGAGUUGAUGCUGUAAGGGAUGCAAGCGGUCGCAGCUACGGCGGUGUACGACGCAGCCGUGGAGGGUCGCACGGAGCGAGGCGCGGCGGGCGUGGUCGCGGACCGGUGUUCGGUGCCGGGUCGGCGGCUUCGCGAACACGCUGCUUGUCAUGUGGCAAUGGUUGGUGCUCCACCGACGACCGGUGUCCGGCGCGGGAUGCAUUGUGUUAUGUGUGUGAUAAAAAAGGGCAUUUCGCUAAAGUGUGUGUGCAUAAAUAUACAUUACGCGAUAAGGUUUUAAACUUGAAUGUGUGUGAGCCCGAAAACAUGUCAGAUGCCGAAAUGUUCUAUGUGGACAUGAUAUUAAGCCAGGAUAAAAAAUGUAAGUUACCUAAAGAAUGGAAUGUUAUUUUUCAAUGUAAUGGUAGACAAGUGCAAUUUAAACUAGAUACAGGUUCUAUGUUGAAUGUGAUUUCGAAAAAUUAUUAUUUAAACUUAGGCAUGUCGAUUCAUAACCUAAAAUAUUUUAACAAAUGUGUACAAUCUUUUACUGGUAAUAAUUUACCUAUUCUGGGCAUGUACGAAUUACCAUUUAUUUAUAAAAGUAAACAUUACAUUUUACCAUUUGUGGUAGCAGAUUUAAACUGUCAAAAUGUUCUGGGAUUGGAAGGCUGUGUCAUGUUAGGACUCGUAUCCCGUGUUGACGGUAUAAAUAUACAUAAAUAUUCUGAUCUCUUCGAAGGACUGGGUAAGUUACCUGGACAGUAUUCUAUUGUCGUAGAUAAAAAUGUACAGCCAGUGAUUUGCCCUACUAGGAAAAUACCACUGGGGAUGAAAGACAAACUCUUAGCAGAGUUACGUAGGAUGGAAAAAUUAGGCGUUAUCAGGAAAGUUACUCAUCCUACGGAAUGGGUUAACGCUAUUGUGCUAGUAGCAAAAAAGAAUGGUGAUAUUCGUGUGUGUUUGGACCCGAGACCGCUUAACCGCGCGGUGCGGCGCGCGCAUUACUCGCUGCCCACGGUGAGCGAGCUGGCAGCGCGGCUGCGCGGUGCUACGUAUUUCAGCUUGCUGGAUGCGCGCUCUGGUUUUUGGAUGGUUCAAAUUGAUCCUGCCAGCGCAGAUCUUUGUACAUUUGGAACACCGUUUGGUCGUUACCAGUUUCUAAGGCUACCGUAUGGAGUAAAUUGUGCUCCAGAAGUAUUUCAUGCAAAGUUAAGACAAUAUCUGGAAGAUUUGGAGGGUGUUGACUCUUUUAUUGAUGAUGUAAUAGUAUGGGGGAAUACUAAAGAACAACAUGACUUCAGGCUAAAAUGUUUACUGAAUAGGGCUAGAGAAAUUGGUAUAAAAUUUAAUAAGGAGAAAUGUAAGUUUGGAGUUCGAGAAAUUGUUUAUUUGGGUACAUAA